ACAGCAGGCCUGCGCGGGGCGUCGCGCGAGGCGCUCCCCCCCUCCUUGCCGCGGCAGGGCAGCAGCGUCCCUCCAGGGGUUGCCAGGUGCGUCCCCAAGGUGAGCGACGGACCCCCCCGGCAAGCCCCGCUCCUCGGCGCCGCCGCGCCGAACGCCCCGCGGGAUGCCGCUCGCGCUCGCCGGCGGCGCUCCGGGCGCUCCCGCCGCGCGCGCUCCGCGCGCGCGCCCGCCGCUCGGCGGGCGCGGCUGCGUCGGCGACAGGCCGCCGUGUCGGCCGUCGCGGGGGACCUCGGCCUGUGCGGCUCUUGCCGUCGGGGCGGCGGCGGCGCGGGCGCAGGCCCCUCGGCCGCGCGGCGCGCCGCCGUGGCGGAGGCCCAGGCGCCGCCCGCCGCCGAGGAGCCGACGCCGUUCCCCGAGGACGUCCUCUUCCGGGAGAGCCCAUGCUCCUCUUCCUGGAGUUGCUCAAGGAGUCUGGUACGAUCGAAAUGAAGGCGCUCAUUGCGUGCAUGCUGGACAUGGAGGAGCUGCAUGAGUUCGACCGGCAGGAUACCUGGGUGGAGUGGCCCUUCAGCCUCGGGGACGUGAAGAGGACGCCGUACAACCGGGGCUGCUUCCAGGCGCUGUGCGGCAUCCUGCGCCUCGUGGAGCACGGGCAGGGCCAGGUGCAGGGCGUCGCCAUCGACCUCCUGUGGAAGCUGGUGGACGAGGGCGUCACGCUCACGCGCCUGCCGGUCGGGCUGGUGGUCGAGAUGGGCGCCGGGGGCCUCCUCUGCUCGCUGGCGCGGAGGACCGCCGACGAGGUGGUCCUGAAGAUCCUCCGCAAGCUCAUCACCGAUGCUUCGCCUACCACCUGGCCGUCCCUGAUCAAGGGCGGCGUCAUCACGGCCGCCGUCGACGCCCUGAACCUGGAGGACAUCACGCCGAUGGAGCAGCUCGCGGCCCUGGACGUCCUGAUCGCGAUUGCGAAGCGCUCCCCGGCCAGAGCCGUCGAGGAGGGGGUGCACGAGGCGGUGCUGGCCAUCGACAACGAGGGCCUGGUGCCGCGGCGCAACAGGAUCCUGAACCUGCUGCGCCCGAUGGUCCGGCUCGAGGGCGAGGAGAGGACGGCCAGCGCCUGCCGACGACGAACCUCCGCGCCGGCGGCCUCAGGUACUGAGAGCGGGCGCAGGCUGCCCCGCUCCUCCGGGGAGGAGGAGGCACGGUAG